AACUGUCUUGUGUCGUUGCGCUAGCAAAUCCGUCGCUGGCAGUUCUUGUCAUGUUUUGAGAGCAGGAGCGGUGCUUUUUUCCCCCACUGGAAUAGAAGGAGACACCACCACACAGUGCUGUCAGUGAAGUCUGCGCUUGAAGGUGCUUAAAUUGCCGUAGGAAUAGUCCAGUAGGAUGAACUACAGUACAAAGUAUUCGCUCAGAGCCCCCAGUCGGCAAGAAUAGCCUCCCAGUUCCCACAUCACCCCACAUCCAUGUUGACUGCGGCAGCCUUCUCACUGGGUCCAGGGCUAACUUGCAAACACCACAUCCCCUUUGUUCUUCUGUGGAUACGAUCCGGUUAAAUUGUCGCGGCUUGAUGAAGGACCAUUGUUUGUGACAGUGUACAUCCCUGUUUCCAUCUGAAGGAUUGUUUACGCGUUAAAAUGGCUGCUGAACUGGCAUUUGGAAGAUAGUGGUCUUGAAUCAGUGCAGUAACGUUACAUUACCCUAGCAGAGGCCAAACUGUAAAUAAGCUACACGGGCUAACAAAUUGUGCAUUAGCUUGUUAGACUGGGCUGGUUGCUCAAAUAGCUUUUAUCGAUGGUCCGCUUUUUUGGUAGGUUCUUCCAACAAGAGGUAGGGUGAAGGGAAUUCCUCCCACUCCAAGUCUAUGCAUGCGGUUAAACAACCAGCUUUAAAAAAAAAACAUUUAGCUAGCUAACCUUCUUAGCCAUUUUGUUCAAAGCUUUGUAACGGAGGCUUAGCUAAGCCCUGGUUUUAAUUAUGUCUAAUACUCAACGAAUAUGCAGGACUUCUUUUUUAUAACAGAAACUGCCUGAGUAGCCGAGGCUUUCUCCCAAAGCAGACCUAAAGGCCCCGGUCUUUUACUCGGCUUGGUCGACCUGGAAAAAAAAAUGGAUCCUGGGGGGAAAUACAAGACCAAACUCUUUCUUCUUGGACCCAAACUAGCCACCCACAGCGAUCUGCGCGGUGUCAACAGAUACUUGGUGGUGUAUGUUUUGUUUUACUUUGUACUGUUCACUCACGCCUCCCCGGCGAAACCGUGUGACAAGAAUUGUCUCUCUGGAAAAUGUAUCAACGGUUCCUGCAUCUGUGAUCGAGGAUGGGUCGGAGACCAGUGCCAGCACUGCCAAGGGAGGUUCAAGUUGACGGAGCCCUCAGGAUACCUCACAGAUGGUCCAAUCAACUACAAGUACAAAACAAAGUGCACCUGGCUCAUUGAGGGCUAUCCAAAUGCAGUUCUUCGGUUAAGAUUUAACCACUUUGCCACAGAAUGUAGUUGGGACCACAUGUAUGUCUACGAUGGAGACUCGAUAUAUGCUCCUCUGGUUGCUGUUUUCAGUGGUCUCAUUGUGCCAGAGAUUCGAGGAAAUGAGACGGUUCCUGAGGUUGAAACAACUUCAGGCUACGCACUACUACACUUUUUCAGUGAUGCUGCCUAUAACUUAACGGGAUUCGAAAUAUUUUACUCGAUCAACUCUUGUCCCAAUAACUGCUCUGGCCAUGGGAAGUGUACGCCUGGUAACUCGGCCGCUAACAGAGUGUACUGUGAAUGUGACAAGUAUUGGAAAGGCGAGGCCUGUGACAUCCCUUACUGCAGGAACAACUGCGGCAGCCCCGACCACGGCUACUGCGACCUCACUGGGGAGAAGCUGUGCGUCUGCAAUGACAGCUGGCAAGGUCCAGACUGCUCUCUGACUGUACCUUCAACGGAGUCCUUCUGGGUCCUACCGAGUGUCAAGCCUUUCGGCACAUCACUCGCCAGGGCUUCCCAUAAGGCUGUGGUGCAGGAAAAGGUUAUGUGGGUGGUGGGCGGCUACACCUUCAACUACAGCUCAUUCCAGAUGAUCCUCAACUACAACCUGGAGAGUGGCAUCUGGAACACAGUUCCCAUCAACAGUGGCCCUGUGCCAAGAUACGGCCACUCACUUGCCACCUAUCAGGAUGACAUCUACAUGUUUGGUGGCAAACUGGAAGCCGGCUGGGGAAACGUGACAGACGAGCUGUGGGUGUUCAACGUGCCCGGUCGGACAUGGCAGCGGAGAAACCCCGUGGUCAGCCAGCCGGCCCAGACUCAGAUCUACGCCGUGGAAGGGCACUCAGCCCACUGCGUCCUGCUAGACGGAGGCGAGGCCAUUAUGCUGGUCAUCUUUGGUUACUCCCCCAUCUACAGCUACAUCAGCAACGUUCAGGAGUACAACUUGAGGUCCAACACGUGGUUGGUGCCUGAGACCAAGGGUGCCGUCCCUCAGGGAGGUUACGGCCACAGCAGUACGUAUGAUGCUGGCAGUGGCAGCGUGUAUGUUCACGGAGGCUAUAAGGCACUGCCUGCCAACAAGUACGGCCUUGUCGAUGACCUCUACCGCUACGAUGUUAACACGCGGACAUGGUACAUUCUGAGAGAGAGCAGCUUUCCGCGGUACCUGCACUCAGCCGUGCUCCUCAGUGGCACCCUGCUCAUCUUUGGUGGCAACACGCACAAUGACACAUCGCUCAGUAACGGCGCCAAGUGCUUCUCUGCUGACUUCCUUGCCUAUGACAUUGCUUGCGAUGAGUGGAAACUCCUGCCUAAACCGGACCUGCACAGGGAUGUCAACCGCUUUGGACACUCUGCUGUGGUCAGCAAUGGGUCCAUGUAUGUGUUCGGUGGCUUCUCUGGUGUGCUGCUCAACGAUGUCCUUGUUUACCGACCCCCCAGCUGCCAGGCUUUUCUGGCAGAGGAGGGUUGUGUGAGAGCUGGCCCAGGAGUCCGCUGCAUCUGGAGCAGAGGCCGCUGUCUCCCCUGGGAACCCAGGAUGGCUAAUGGAAGCCUCAUUCCUGCCCCAUUCUGUCCCCCUAAAGCUGUCACAGUGGACGAGCGGUGCUUCCGUUUCUCAGACUGUGCCAGCUGUACGGCCAACACCAACGGAUGCCAGUGGUGUGAUGACAAGAAGUGCAUCUCUGCCUCCAGCAACUGUACCUCUAACGUGAAGAACUUCCCUGAGUGUCCAGUGCGGAACGAGCAGGUGUGCAGCAAGCUUGCCAACUGCAAGAGCUGCUCUCUGAAUCUCAACUGUCAGUGGGAUCAGAAUCAGUCAGAGUGCCACGCUUUGCCCGCCCAGCAGUGCAGUGUGGGAUGGAGUCAGGUGGGGGAGGCCUGCCUGAGGAUCAACUCCAGCCGUGAGAGUUAUGACAACGCCCAGCACUACUGCAAGAACCUAAACGGAAACAUCGCCUCACUCACCACCUCCAAACAAGUGGACUUUGUGCUGGAGGAGCUGAAGAAGCUACAACAACAAGACAAGCGCCUGUCUCCCUGGGUGGGCCUGAGGAAGAUAAACGUGUCAUACUGGGGUUGGGAGGACAUGUCACCCUUCACCAACAGCAGCCUUCGCUGGCUGCCUGGCGAGCCCAGUGACUCCGGUUUCUGUGCCUACCUGGAGGAGCCUCAGGUGUCAGGACUUAGGGCCAAUCCAUGCACUGCCACUGCCCAUGGCCUCAUCUGUGAAAAAGCUGCUGGAAACCCCAAUCAAAGCUCUCGUCCAUCCUGUAAGAAGCCUUGCUCGCUGCACACCAACUGCGCCAACUGCACCAGCCAGGCCAUGGAGUGCAUGUGGUGUGGCAGCGCACAGCGCUGUGUCGACUCCACUGCCUAUGUCAUCUCUUUUCCCUAUGGCCAGUGUCUGGAGUGGCAGACUGGAGAUUGUGUGGCCCAGAACUGUUCAGGCCUGCGAACAUGUUCCCAGUGCUUGGAGCAGCCCGAGUGUGGCUGGUGUGGAGACCCCAGCAGCACGGGGAAGGGCCUGUGCAUAGAGGGCUCCUACCGGGGUCCAAUGAAGAGACUGAUGAAGCAGGGCCAACAGGUCCAGUCCCAGGACAUGAUCCUGGAGCCGGGCAGCUGCCCCAGAGAAAAGGGUUACGAGUGGGCCUUCAUCAACUGCCCUGCAUGCCAGUGUAAUGGCCACAGCACGUGUGUGAAUGGCAGCGUGUGCGAACAGUGCCGUAACCUCACCACCGGCCCCCACUGCCAGACCUGCAUGCCUGGUUACCACGGAGACCCAACCAACGGUGGCAAAUGCCAGGCCUGUAAAUGUAACGGCCAUGCGAGUGUCUGCCAGGUGUUAACUGGCAAGUGCUUUUGUACCACCAAGGGGAUCAAAGGAGACCAGUGCCAACUAUGUGACUCAGAAAACCGUUACCUUGGCAAUCCACUCAGAGGAACCUGUUACUACAAUCUCCUCAUCGACUACCAGUUCACCUUCAGUCUCAUCCAAGAAGAUGAUAAUCACUACACUGCCAUCAAUUUUAUGGCCUCACCUGAGCAGGCUAACAAGAACUUGGACAUGUCCAUUAAUGCAUCCAACAACUUCAACCUCAACAUUACCUGGUCGGUGGGAUCAACAGCUGGAACCAUUUCUGGAGAGGAGGUGCCCAUCGUGUCCAAAACUAACAUCAAGGAAUACAGAGACAGCUUCUCCUGUGAGAAGUUCACUUUUAGAAGCAACCCCAAUAUCACCUUUUAUGUCUAUGUCAGUAACUUCUCAUGGCCCAUCAAGAUCCAGAUCGCCUUCUCCCAGCACAACAGUAUCAUGGACCUUGUCCAGUUCUUUGUCACCUUUUUCAGUUGCUUUCUAUCACUACUCCUGGUGGCAGCAGUGGUGUGGAAGAUCAAACAGACCUGCUGGGCUUCACGAAGGAGAGAACAACUGAUGAGAGAGCGUCAGCAGAUGGCCAGCCGUCCGUUUGCCUCAGUUGCUGUUGCACUGGACGCCAAGGGAGAACAAACAGAACUGUUGCAGCCUGUGGUUGAUGGUGCUCCUAAACCUGUUGCCAUGGAGCCGUGUUCAGGAGGGAAAGCUGCUGUGCUGACUGUCCUCAUGCGUCUGCCCUCUGGGCCCUCAGGCUUACCUCCACCGGGACAAUCAGGGCUCAUCGUUGCCAGUGCGCUGAUAGACAUUUCACAGCAGAAGCCAACAGAUUUUAAGGACAAGUCCCAGGUUUUAAAGAGCCGAAAAGCCCUUCCUCCAGCACACCAAGGCACCUGUGUCUGAGUCAACCCAUCAAUCCCACUGGGUUUCUUUCUUUUUUUUCUUUUUUUUGUAACCAUCUGAGGUCACGUUGUUCCAGCAUGCCAUAGGGCCCAGUUGGAGGCCUUUCCAGAGACGAGGCAUGGCUACACAAAGAUUUCAUUCGGCUGCUACCACCCAACUUUCCACUCAAACCAAGUUGCCAAGUCCCAAGAGCACAACCCUUCUCUGACAUCUCCUGUCCCUUUGCUCUACUCUGCAUAAAUCAGCCUCUGGUCAGAUGAUCAGAAAUUCUUCUCCGAUCUUUGGAAUUACUUUUUCUCCAUCUACUGGGCUGAGAUCCCUUCCAUUCAGCUCUGACAGUCACCGUGCCAAGAGGCAACCUGCCUGAUCGUUGGCUAUCAGUGACAUCAGAGAAAGAUUCAUUUAGAGGAUCUGCACCUACUGAAGCUCCAGUCGUAAAUAUUUUGACACCAUCAUCUGUUCGCUCAACAUGAAGGAAAAGGAAAGUUGUCUGUACAUUGUGGGUUAUAUCAUAAUUUAAGUGCUGGAAGUACAACAGAGAGUUUUUAAAAAUGGCUGGUAGAUGACCAGUUCUUGCUGCCUAUGGGAGUUUUGCUUUUUUUUCUUUUUUUUUGCUUGACAUCAAGUGGUGUUCUAUGGUGCUAAAACAUUAAGUUGGCAUGACAAGCCUGACUCUUCACUCAGCCUUCGCUGUACAGACUGAAUUCAUUCUGCCUUUUUGUGGGUGAAGCUACGUGCUAAGCCAGGACUCUUUUUAGCCCCCUUUGUGAUCACCUGAUAGUGUUUCGACAACUAGAGUAUUACAUCACACUACUUUUGCCACUGAGCACGAUCUGUUCUAGCAUUUAAUGUAAAUAUGUUUCAUCCACCCAGCUGAAGCUAAAGUCUGUAUUUUCUGUGGAGACGUGAGACGGCAGUCACUACCAGCAGCAUAUGGGUGAAGAGGAGGAGGCACGAACAAGUCAUCACUUAUCAAGCGAAAGCAUGGAAAAGUCCCAAACUUGAGAAAAAGUUAGAUGCAUUUUACGACCAAACUGGACAUUUCCUUCAUAACAAAAUUUGGUGUGUUCACUGUUAAAGAAGUUCAAAAUACACAGAGAACCACUGAUGUUCUGGUCAUUUUUUUUUCCAUAGUUUGUUACCAUUUUGCUGUACAACUUGGACAUUAGGCUUUUGAACUUGUCCUUGGAUGGGUUGGUGGGUGGAUGCCAUGUAGGCGAAAAAUGUCAGUAUAAUAAAAUUAGACCAGGGACGUCUUGCUCCUCUGGCUGUUUACUAGUUUGUUUUCUAAGUUUUUUUAAGAGUCCUCUUAAUCUAUGACUUUAUCCCCAUCUUUGAGUACAAGGAGUAACGUUACCUUUUUAUAUUGCCUUGGCUUUCCGUGAACUCCUGAGGAGGGGGCUUAUUGAUCUGCAGAAUUCUGAAAGAUGUUGUCCAUUUUUAGCCGGCGACUCCACUCUGAGCUGUACAGUGUCUUGUUUGAACAAAUGUGAGUCUUUGUUUCUCUUAUCUCUUGAGAUUUUAUGUGUUUGUCAGGUUUUUAUGACAGAAUGGCGAGAGAUUAUCAUUUAUUUUAGGCCUUGUCACCUGUUACUAUUAUACCUAUGAUAAAUUGUCUUUUGCUACACUUGUGAAAAGAGCAUUUCUGUUGAUAUUUUGUUUUGAUAUUUAACAGAUUCCUGUGUAAUAGCACAUUUAACUUGAUUUCAUUGUUGACUUAAAUUGGUUGAUUUAAUGUCACACCUUUUGGAAUUGUGCAUCUUUUAAGGACUGUAUGGGCAUUGUCUUUUUGUUGCAAAGUGGUCAUGAUGAUGCAUUUCAUAAACAUAGUAUGCCAACUUAAUGUGUUUUUAUUUUAUGUUUGUAGAGUAAUCUCAUAACGGUGUCAUUACACAGGAAUCAGGGUCUCACAGUACCUUGGAAAAAAAAAAGAUGAGAAACUAUCAGUAAUCUUCAGUGUAUUUUAAAAAUGGAAACAUGCCAGAAAAUAAAAAAGACAAAAACAAAACAGACCCAA